GUACGCUUCUUUCAAUCAGUUGCCAAAGCUUCGAUGUGCUGCUCCUAGCGUCCGCACUCGGCAAGCACAGAAGUCACCUUCCAACCUCUGCGACUUUUUCCUACUCUCAUUAGUAGCUCCAUGUAAUUAGAUGCAUAUUUGUAGUAUAAAGCCCUAACAACAUAGGCUAUUGUGAGUGUAUGAUUCGGAAUUCGUUUCAGCGUUCACUGAAAAAAAUCUACCGACAACUGAUCACUGUAGCGAAGAGGAGCAGGCACGAGUCCGAACCGCACCACGCUGAUUAUCGUAACCUACUGUGCCACAGAGGGCUACUCUGCAUCCGUGUGUGGAAUUAACCCAGCGCACAGACCCGCUGGUGAUGAGGUUCGUCGCCCACACUCGACAGAGCAUUGACGGAAUCACACUCGUGCUGAAGAAACCGCCCCAGUGAGGACACAAGCAAGGGGAAGAUCAACAGAAUAGCUGGUGUCGGCCGGAACGCUGUCAUUUCGGCAAGAAUGCAUCUCUUCAGUGCUAUGUUCCUACUAGUGAUGUUAGCUGCAACGCUCUGUGAGGCUCUCUAUCCAAGCCCAGAAGAGGGCUGGCAGAUCUACAGUUCGGCUCAAGACGCAGAUGGGAAGUGUAUCUGUACGGUGGUGGCCCCGGCUCAGAACAUGUGUAACCGAGACCCACGUAGCCGCCAGCUCCGCCAGCUCAUGGAGAAGGUCCAGAACAUCACACAGUCCAUGGAGGUGUUGGACCUGCGGACCUACAGAGAUCUUCAGUACGUUAGGAACACAGAGAGCCUGAUGAAGACUGUAGACGGCAAGCUGAAAACGGCCUCAGACAACCCUCGCAGCCUCAACCCUAAGAGCUUUCAGGAGCUGAAGGACAAGGUUACUCAGCUGCUCCCCCUGCUGCCGGUGCUGGAGCAGUACAAGACGGAUGCUCGUCAGAUCAGCCGUCUGAGGGAGGAGGUGAGGAACCUGUCUCAGGUGCUCACGGCCAUCCAGGAGGAGAUGGGAGCUUAUGACUACGAGGAGCUAAGGCAAAGGGUCCUCCUGCUGGAGACGAGGCUGCACUCCUGCAUGCAGAAACUGGGCUGUGGGAGGUUGACAGGCGUCAGUAAUCCCAUCACCAUCCGUGCGUCAGGGUCAAGGUUCGGCUCCUGGAUGACUGACACCAUGAUCCCUAGUUCAGACAACCGGGUGUGGUCCAUGGAUGGCUACUAUAAGGGCCGACGUGUCCUGGAGUACCGCACCCUCAAUGACUUCACGAAGGGUCAGAAUUUCGUCCAGCACCUGCUGCCCCACCCCUGGGCGGGCACUGGCCAUGUGGUCUACAACGGCUCCUUGUACUACAACAAGUACCAGAGCAACAUCAUCGUCAAGUUCCACUUCAGGUCCCGCAGCGUUCUGGUGCAGCGCAGCCUGAGUGGGGCGGGCUACAACAACACCUUCCCCUACUCCUGGGGGGGCUCCUCGGACAUCGACCUGAUGGCCGACGAGACCGGCCUGUGGGCGGUCUACACCACCAUCCCCAAUGCCGGCAACAUCGUCAUCAGCCGGCUGGAGCCGCAGAGCCUGGAGGUGCUCCAGACGUGGGACACGGGUUUCCCCAAGCGCAGCGCCGGGGAGUCCUUCAUGAUCUGCGGCACGCUGUAUGUCACCAACUCCCACCUGGCCGGGGCCAAGAUAUACUUUGCCUACUACACCAACACGUCAACCUACGAGUACACGGACAUACCCUUCCACAACCAGUACUCCCACAUCUCCAUGAUGGACUACAACCCCCGGGAGAGGGUGCUGUACACCUGGAACAACGGACACCAGGUGCUCUACAACGUCACCCUGUUCCAGGUCAUCAACACCGCCGGGGACUAGGGACGGCAGGGUCGGCGGUGUCAACUCACACUGGAGGACCGGCCUGUUGGAAUGGCUGGAGUGGACGAAGGCGGAAUUUAACCAACCGGAAGCCCAUUCCAGUCGUCACCAUCAUCCGCGCCUCCUUCACCCCGCGCCUCCAUGGAGAGACACCCGGAGCUAGCCUGGUCCGAGGUUUGUCGUGCCGUGUUUGACGACUCUCAGCGCGACAGUGAGCGUAGGGGUUGAAAAGACGGCACUAACAGACCUGGGACAGGCUGACCCAGAGUCAGGCAAAACACAUCUAGCAACCAUACUGCUGUUAUGGACGAGGGGGACAAGGGGGUGGGCACAGCUGGGUGGACGGACAGGCGGAUGGAGGCUCAGACUUUUUUAAAGCAUUUCAAUCUUCUUCAUAGAGUGCUACUAUUCACAUUCUGAAAAAAAUUCCACUCUGACAGUAAGGUCA